UCACUGACCUCCCCAGUGUCCAAGAACAGCUCUCCUCUAUAAUGAGCACAGCGCUAAUGAGGGCCACACCCAUAACACCAACAAUAUCUGUGGAGAGACAGCCAACAGGAAGGGAUGUUGUGUUCUUGUUGGAUGGAUCUGAUGGUACUAGAAGUGGAUUCCCAGCUAUGCGAGACUUUGUCCAAAGAGUAGUAGAGAAACUCAGUGUGGAUGACAACAAAGAUCGUGUCUCAGUGGUUCAGUACAGCAGAGAUCCAGCUGUCCAGUUCUAUCUGAACACGUACACGACAAAAGGCGAGAUCCUUGACACUGUCAGAGGUUUGAGGCACAAAGGCGGAAUACCCCUCAACACUGGAGCAGCUCUCCAGUACCUGAGGGAUAAUGUCUUCACGGCCUCUGCCGGAAGCAGGCGCCUGGAAGAAGUUCCACAAGUCCUGAUAUUGCUAAGUGGUGGAAGGUCUUCUGACAGUGUUGAUGCACCAGCCUCUGCUCUCAAACAGCUGGGUGUCUUGACCUUUGCAAUUGGAACCAGGAACUCUGAUAGCAGAGAACUGCAGAAAAUAUCCCAUGACGCCAAUUCUGCUCUGUCUGUGUCUGAAUUCACUGACCUUCCCCGUAUCCUACAGCAACUUCAGUCCUCCGUGGAGGCUGUGGUUAUUGACGUCACCCCAGAAUCACCAACUGUGCUUGUUGACACUGCCAAAAAGGAUAUUGUAUUCCUUCUGGAUGGUUCUGAUAGCACACGGAACGGCUUCCCUGCCAUGCGUGAUUUUGUGGAGAAAGUGGUGGAGAAACUCAAUGUGGGAGAAAACAAAGACCGUGUCUCUGUAGUCCAGUACAGCAGAGAUGCAGAGGUCCAUUUCGAUCUGAAAACAUACACCACAAGCGAGGAUAUUUUGGAUUCAGUCAGAGGACUGAGACACAGAGGUGGCAGACCCCUCAACACCGGGGCAGCCCUCCAAUAUGUCAGGGACAACGUCUUUACAGACUCCUCCGGGAGUAGGCGCCUGCAAGGUGUUCCACAGAUGUUGAUCCUGCUAAAUGGUGGAAGAUCUUUUGACAAAGUAGAUACUCCAGCCUCUGCUCUCAAACAGCAGGGCAUCUUUGUGAUUGGCAUUGGAACCAGGAACUCUGACAGUGGAGAGCUGCAGAAAAUAUCAUAUGACCCUAAAUACGCUCUAUCAGUGUCUGAGUUCACUGACCUCCCCAGUGUCCAAGAACAGCUCUCCUCUAUAAUGAGCACAGCGCUAAUGAGGGCCACACCCAUAACACCAACAAUAUCUGUGGAGAGACAGCCAACAGGAAGGGAUGUUGUGUUCUUGUUGGAUGGAUCUGAUGGUACUAGAAGUGGAUUCCCAGCUAUGCGAGACUUUGUCCAAAGAGUAGUAGAGAAACUCAGUGUGGAUGACAACAAAGAUCGUGUCUCAGUGGUUCAGUACAGCAGAGAUCCAGCUGUCCAGUUCUAUCUGAACACGUACACGACAAAAGGCGAGAUCCUUGACACUGUCAGAGGUUUGAGGCACAAAGGCGGAAGACCCCUCAACACUGGAGCAGCUCUCCAGUACCUGAGGGAUAAUGUCUUCACGGCCUCUGCCGGAAGCAGGCGCCUGGAAGAAGUUCCACAAGUCCUGAUAUUGCUAAGUGGUGGAAGGUCUUCUGACAGUGUUGAUGCACCAGCCUCUGCUCUCAAACAGCUGGGUGUCUUGACCUUUGCAAUUGGAAACAGGAACUCUGAUAGCAGAGAACUGCAGAAAAUAUCCCAUGACGCCAAUUCUGCUCUGUCUGUGUCUGAAUUCACUGACCUUCCCCGUAUCCUACAGCAACUUCAGUCCUCCGUGGAGGCUGUGGUUAUUGACGUCACCCCAGAAUCACCAACUGUGCUUGUUGACACUGCCAAAAAGGAUAUUGUAUUCCUUCUGGAUGGUUCUGAUAGCACACGGAACGGCUUCCCUGCCAUGCGUGAUUUUGUGGAGAAAGUGGUGGAGAAACUCAAUGUGGGAGAAAACAAAGACCGUGUCUCUGUAGUCCAGUACAGCAGAGAUGCAGAGGUCCAUUUCGAUCUGAAAACAUACACCACAAGCGAGGAUAUUUUGGAUUCAGUCAGAGGACUGAGACACAGAGGUGGCAGACCCCUCAACACCGGGGCAGCCCUCCAAUAUGUCAGGGACAACGUCUUUACAGACUCCUCCGGGAGUAGGCGCCUGCAAGGUGUUCCACAGAUGUUGAUCCUGCUAAAUGGUGGAAGAUCUUUUGACAAAGUAGAUACUCCAGCCUCUGCUCUCAAACAGCAGGGCAUCUUUGUGAUUGGCAUUGGAACCAGGAACUCUGACAGUGGAGAGCUGCAGAAAAUAUCAUAUGACCCUAAAUAUGCUCUAUCAGUGUCUGAGUUCACUGACCUCCCCAGUGUCCAAGAACAGCUCUCCUCUAUAAUGAGCACAGCGCUAAUGAGGGCCACACCCAUAACACCAACAAUAUCUGUGGAGAGACAGCCAACAGGAAGGGAUGUUGUGUUCUUAUUGGAUGGAUCUGAUGGUACUAGAAGUGGAUUCCCAGCUAUGCGAGACUUUGUCCAAAGAGUAGUAGAGAAACUCAGUGUGGAUGACAACAAAGAUCGUGUCUCAGUGGUUCAGUACAGCAGAGAUCCAGCUGUCCAGUUCUAUCUGAACACGUACACGACAAAAGGCGAGAUCCUUGACACUGUCAGAGGUUUGAGGCACAAAGGCGGAAUACCCCUCAACACUGGAGCAGCUCUCCAGUACCUGAGGGAUAAUGUCUUCACGGCCUCUGCCGGAAGCAGGCGCCUGGAAGAAGUUCCACAAGUCCUGAUAUUGCUAAGUGGUGGAAGGUCUUCUGACAGUGUUGAUGCACCAGCCUCUGCUCUCAAACAGCUGGGUGUCUUGACCUUUGCAAUUGGAACCAGGAACUCUGAUAGCAGAGAACUGCAGAAAAUAUCCCAUGACGCCAAUUCUGCUCUGUCUGUGUCUGAAUUCACUGACCUUCCCCGUAUCCUACAGCAACUUCAGUCCUCCGUGGAGGCUGUGGUUAUUGACGUCACCCCAGAAUCACCAACUGUGCUUGUUGACACUGCCAAAAAGGAUAUUGUAUUCCUUCUGGAUGGUUCUGAUAGCACACGGAACGGCUUCCCUGCCAUGCGUGAUUUUGUGGAGAAAGUGGUGGAGAAACUCAAUGUGGGAGAAAACAAAGACCGUGUCUCUGUAGUCCAGUACAGCAGAGAUGCAGAGGUCCAUUUCGAUCUGAAAACAUACACCACAAGCGAGGAUAUUUUGGAUUCAGUCAGAGGACUGAGACACAGAGGUGGCAGACCCCUCAACACCGGGGCAGCCCUCCAAUAUGUCAGGGACAACGUCUUUACAGACUCCUCCGGGAGUAGGCGCCUGCAAGGUGUUCCACAGAUGUUGAUCCUGCUAAAUGGUGGAAGAUCUUUUGACAAAGUAGAUACUCCAGCCUCUGCUCUCAAACAGCAGGGCAUCUUUGUGAUUGGCAUUGGAACCAGGAACUCUGACAGUGGAGAGCUGCAGAAAAUAUCAUAUGACCCUAAAUACGCUCUAUCAGUGUCUGAGUUCACUGAACUCCCCAGUGUCCAAGAACAGCUCUCCUCUAUAAUGAGCACAGCGCUAAUGAGGGCCACACCCAUAACACCAACAAUAUCUGUGGAGAGACAGCCAACAGGAAGGGAUGUUGUGUUCUUGUUGGAUGGAUCUGAUGGUACUAGAAGUGGAUUCCCAGCUAUGCGAGACUUUGUCCAAAGAGUAGUAGAGAAACUCAGUGUGGAUGACAACAAAGAUCGUGUCUCAGUGGUUCAGUACAGCAGAGAUCCAGCUGUCCAGUUCUAUCUGAACACGUACACGACAAAAGGCGAGAUCCUUGACACUGUCAGAGGUUUGAGGCACAAAGGCGGAAUACCCCUCAACACUGGAGCAGCUCUCCAGUACCUGAGGGAUAAUGUCUUCACGGCCUCUGCCGGAAGCAGGCGCCUGGAAGAAGUUCCACAAGUCCUGAUAUUGCUAAGUGGUGGAAGGUCUUCUGACAGUGUUGAUGCACCAGCCUCUGCUCUCAAACAGCUGGGUGUCUUGACCUUUGCAAUUGGAACCAGGAACUCUGAUAGCAGAGAACUGCAGAAAAUAUCCCAUGACGCCAAUUCUGCUCUGUCUGUGUCUGAAUUCACUGACCUUCCCCGUAUCCUACAGCAACUUCAGUCCUCCGUGGAGGCUGUGGUUAUUGACGUCACCCCAGAAUCACCAACUGUGCUUGUUGACACUGCCAAAAAGGAUAUUGUAUUCCUUCUGGAUGGUUCUGAUAGCACACGGAACGGCUUCCCUGCCAUGCGUGAUUUUGUGGAGAAAGUGGUGGAGAAACUCAAUGUGGGAGAAAACAAAGACCGUGUCUCUGUAGUCCAGUACAGCAGAGAUGCAGAGGUCCAUUUCGAUCUGAAAACAUACACCACAAGCGAGGAUAUUUUGGAUUCAGUCAGAGGACUGAGACACAGAGGUGGCAGACCCCUCAACACCGGGGCAGCCCUCCAAUAUGUCAGGGACAAUGUCUUUACAGACUCCUCCGGGAGUAGGCGCCUGCAAGGUGUUCCACAGAUGUUGAUCCUGCUAAAUGGUGGAAGAUCUUUUGACAAAGUAGAUACUCCAGCCUCUGCUCUCAAACAGCAGGGCAUCUUUGUGAUUGGCAUUGGAACCAGGAACUCUGACAGUGGAGAGCUGCAGAAAAUAUCAUAUGACCCUAAAUAUGCUCUAUCAGUGUCUGAGUUCACUGACCUCCCCAGUGUCCAAGAACAGCUCUCCUCUAUAAUGAGCACAGCGCUAAUGAGGGCCACACCCAUAACACCAACAAUAUCUGUGGAGAGACAGCCAACAGGAAGGGAUGUUGUGUUCUUGUUGGAUGGAUCUGAUGGUACUAGAAGUGGAUUCCCAGCUAUGCGAGACUUUGUCCAAAGAGUAGUAGAGAAACUCAGUGUGGAUGACAACAAAGAUCGUGUCUCAGUGGUUCAGUACAGCAGAGAUCCAGCUGUCCAGUUCUAUCUGAACACGUACACGACAAAAGGCGAGAUCCUUGACACUGUCAGAGGUUUGAGGCACAAAGGCGGAAUACCCCUCAACACUGGAGCAGCUCUCCAGUACCUGAGGGAUAAUGUCUUCACGGCCUCUGCCGGAAGCAGGCGCCUGGAAGAAGUUCCACAAGUCCUGAUAUUGCUAAGUGGUGGAAGGUCUUCUGACAGUGUUGAUGCACCAGCCUCUGCUCUCAAACAGCUGGGUGUCUUGACCUUUGCAAUUGGAACCAGGAACUCUGAUAGCAGAGAACUGCAGAAAAUAUCCCAUGAUGCCAAUUCUUCUAUGUCUGUGUCUGAAUUCACUGACCUUCCCCGUAUCCUACAGCAACUUCAGUCCUCCGUGGAGGCUGUGGUUAUUGACGUCUCCCCAGAAUCAACAACUGUGCUUGUUGACACUGCCAAAAAGGAUAUUGUAUUCCUUCUGGAUGGUUCUGAUAGCACACGGAACGGCUUCCCUGCCAUGCGUGAUUUUGUGGAGAAAGUGGUGGAGAAACUCAAUGUGGGAGAAAACAAAGACCGUGUCUCUGUAGUCCAGUACAGCAGAGAUGCAGAGGUCCAUUUCGAUCUGAAAACAUACACCACAAGCGAGGAUAUUUUGGAUUCAGUCAGAGGACUGAGACACAGAGGUGGCAGACCCCUCAACACCGGGGCAGCCCUCCAAUAUGUCAGGGACAACGUCUUUACAGACUCCUCCGGGAGUAGGCGCCUGCAAGGUGUUCCACAGAUGUUGAUCCUGCUAAAUGGUGGAAGAUCUUUUGACAAAGUAGAUACUCCAGCCUCUGCUCUCAAACAGCAGGGCAUCUUUGUGAUUGGCAUUGGAACCAGGAACUCUGACAGUGGAGAGCUGCAGAAAAUAUCAUAUGACCCUAAAUACGCUCUAUCAGUGUCUGAGUUCACUGACCUCCCCAGUGUCCAAGAACAGCUCUCCUCUAUAAUGAGCACAGCGCUAAUGAGGGCCACACCCAUAACACCAACAAUAUCUGUGGAGAGACAGCCAACAGGAAGGGAUGUUGUGUUCUUGUUGGAUGGAUCUGAUGGUACUAGAAGUGGAUUCCCAGCUAUGCGAGACUUUGUCCAAAGAGUAGUAGAGAAACUCAGUGUGGAUGACAACAAAGAUCGUGUCUCAGUGGUUCAGUACAGCAGAGAUCCAGCUGUCCAGUUCUAUCUGAACACGUACACGACAAAAGGCGAGAUCCUUGACACUGUCAGAGGUUUGAGGCACAAAGGCGGAAUACCCCUCAACACUGGAGCAGCUCUCCAGUACCUGAGGGAUAAUGUCUUCACGGCCUCUGCCGGAAGCAGGCGCCUGGAAGAAGUUCCACAAGUCCUGAUAUUGCUAAGUGGUGGAAGGUCUUCUGACAGUGUUGAUGCACCAGCCUCUGCUCUCAAACAGCUGGGUGUCUUGACCUUUGCAAUUGGAACCAGGAACUCUGAUAGCAGAGAACUGCAGAAAAUAUCCCAUGACGCCAAUUCUGCUCUGUCUGUGUCUGAAUUCACUGACCUUCCCCGUAUCCUACAGCAACUUCAGUCCUCCGUGGAGGCUGUGGUUAUUGACGUCACCCCAGAAUCACCAACUGUGCUUGCUGAGACGCAGGGACCCCGGAAGGAUGUCGUUUUCCUUGUUGAUGGAUCUGAUGGUGUUGGACGGGAAUUUCCUAUCAUCCAGGAGUUUAUCCGUAGGGUCGUGGAGAGUCUGAAUGUGGGCGAGAAUAAGAUCCGGAUUGGCGUGGUCCAGUAUGGUGACUUUGCUCAGGCUGACAUGUUUUUGAACACACAUACAACCAAAGAAGGUGUUUUGAAUGCCGUCAGGGGAAUGAGGCAGCGACGAGGAAGACAACGUAACCUGGGUCAGGCCUUGCAGUUUGUCAGUCAGGAUGUUCUGACAGCGGCACGUGGUAGCAGGAAGCAAGAAGGUGUACCGCAGUUUGUAAUUGUUGUCUCCAGUGGGUCUUCAACAGAUGACAUCAGUAGUGCAGCAUCUUCCCUCAAAAAAUCUAGAGUUCUUCCCUUCAGCAUUGGGACCAGGGAUGUUAACCCUACAGAGCUCCAGGUGGUGUCAUACGUGCCUAACUUUGCCUACUCUAUAGAUGAUCUCCCUGGCCUGUACACAGUCCAAGAAAACUUAAUCACCACUCUCACUGAGCUGUCAGAUGAUGACAUCGCCAGGAUGCGUCCAGUAUUCCCAAGCACUGAUGUAAUCCCACCAGCACCCACGGGAGGAGAAAAGAGGGAUGUCGUAUUUCUAAUUGAUGGCACAACAGCGGUGCGUAGUGAGUUCCCUUCCAUCCGUGAAAUGAUAAAAAGAGUCGUGGAGAAGCUGGAUGUAGGACUGGAUAAGGUCCGAAUUUCAGUGGUACAGUACAGUGAUGACCCAAAGCAAGAAUUUCUUCUGAAUGAAUUCUCCACCAAAGAUGAGGUACGCCAGGCUGUAAUGAGACUUAAAAGCAAAGGUGGGAACCGUCUAAACACAGGUCGUGCUCUUGAGUGGGUCUACAGAAACAUCUACCAGAGGUCAGCGGGAAGCCGCAUUGAAGAUGGUGUGCCUCAGUUCCUCAUUCUAGUUACAGGUGGCAAAUCUGCAGAUGAUGUAUCCACUGCGGCUGACCAACUUAAGAGAAACCAGGUUGCACCUCUUGCCAUUGGUUCAAGGAAUGCAGACCCUGAUGAACUGAGACAGAUUGCCCUGAAGCCUGAACUGGUAUAUACCGUUCCAAGUUUCCAGCAGCUUCCAAGAGUGGAGUCGCAGCUCAUUGAUUCAGUCAAAACAAUAUCCACCACUGAUAUCAUCGAUAGUUAUGUUCCUCCCUCAGUGGACUUAGGCAACCUUGAUCUUGGGAAAAAGGACAUUAUCUUCCUUAUUGAUGGCUCAGACAAUACAGGUACUGCUGGCAUUGCACAUAUCCGUGACUUCAUCCUCAACAUUGUCAAACAACUCGAUGUGCAGCUUGAUCAAGUGCGUGUGGGUGUUGUCCAGUAUGCAGACAGAGUCAAAACAGAGUUCUCACUCAUCACUCACAACAACAAACCAGCUGUUGUCUCUGCUAUCCAAAGACUUCGUCAGAUCGGUGGCCGGUCAUCAAAUCUGGCUGAUGCCAUAGAGUAUGUUAUGCAGAAUGAGUUAAAACCCGCUGCUGGUGUUCGUCUAGCAGAUGCCUCCCAGCAUCUUGUGGUUCUAACAGGCGGACGUUCCCCCCAAGAUGUUUCCAUCUAUGGACCUCUGCUUAAGGGCGCCCGGGUCAACUGCAUUGGUGUUGGAGCUGCUGGUGCUGAAAAAAGGCAGCUAACCCAAAUUGCCACCACCGAAGAUGAUGUUCUCGAGGUUUCUGACUUCCCUGGCCUGCCAACAAUCCGGCAAGGGGUUAUUGACAGGUUGAGUGGGACUAUCCCUGUGGAACCACCCACAGAUCCUUCAUCUGGCCUGCCUCCACCCAAAAAGGCUGACAUAGUGUUUUUGGUGGAUGGCUCCAUUAACUUGGGAAGGGACAACUUCAAAGAAGUGAUGGUGUUUAUCAACAGCCUAAUUGAUCUGUUCUUCACCGAGAGAGACAACCUGCGGAUUGGCCUGGCACAUUAUGCCACAGAUGUGACUGAUGUCUUCUACCUCAAUACAUAUCAGAACAGGCAAGGCAUUCUAGAUGCCAUUGACCGAGCAGAGUACAAAGGUGGACGGAGAAUCAACACUGGUGCAGCCAUUCGUCACAUUCAAGAUGUUCACUUUACCAAAGAUAAAGGCAGUAGGAUGGAUGAGGGCACUCCUCAGAUCCUAAUGGUUUUCACUGGAGGACGCUCAGCUGAUGAUGGCAAAACAGCAGCCCUUGGUCUGAAGAAAAAAGGUGUGAGAGUCUUUGCUGUAGGAGUGGGCGACAUUGAGAAUGAGUUAGAAGACCUAGCAAGUGAGUCCUCCACUGUGGCUCGGGCAAGCACCUUCCGGGAACUUUCAGAGCUCACUGAGCAAAUCCUGGAGACUUUGGAUGAUGAAGUGAAAGGGAAGCUGUGUGUUGGUGUGCAAGAAACUCCUAAAACCUGCAGCAUAGAGGUGUUGGUGGGUUUUGAUGUUUCUGCCCAGAACAUCUUCAGUGCUCAGACAAACCUCCAGAAGAAGGUCGAAGGCAUUCUGCAGAGGAUUUCCAAAAUGGCAGCUAUCAGUUGCUCAUCUGGACAGAUACCCUCUGUGCAAGUGGGCAUGCUGGCCAUGGACUCAGCCUCUGAGCCUGUCCAGCUGGACUUCACAGACAAUGCUGAUGUGCUCAUUGAGGCCUUCAAAGCCCUACGGAGUCGUGGCCCCUUUGUCCUCAAUGGCAAGACCAUCUCAGCUUACACCAAUAGGUUCAAAACCAGACAGGAUGACGUUGUCAAGGUUGUCGUUCAUCUUACUGAUGGUAUUGAUGCCCCAUAUGCUGAAUUAAAAACGCAAGUUGAGGAGCUUCGGGUAUCAGGAGUGAACAGUUUCAUCCUGGUCGGGCUAGAGCGGGUGCCCAAAUUUGAGGAGGCUUUGCUGCUGGAAUUCGGUCGUGGAUUCAGGUACACCAGACCCCUACGGCUCAACAUCAUGGACUUGGACUAUGAGCUAAUGGAAGAACUGGACAAUAUUGCAGAGAGGGAGUGCUGUGCAGUGCCAUGCAAAUGCAUUGGCACCAGAGGAGACCGAGGAGCAGUUGGAUUCUCAGGGGAUAAGGGUGGCCCAGGAUCACCAGGAAGCCAAGGACAUCCUGGAGAUGAGGGUGGACCUGGAGAGAGAGGUCCUCCUGGUGUGAAUGGAACUCAGGGAUUCCAGGGAUGUCCUGGACAAAGAGGUGUCAAGGGUUCUCGUGGGUACUCAGGAGAAAAGGGUGAAUUUGGAGAAAUUGGGCUUGACGGCAUCAAUGGAGAAGAGGGCAAAAGUGGAGUGGCUGGACCCCCAGGAGACAGAGGAAACCCUGGCAGAAGAGGUCCCAAAGGUACCAAAGGACAAGCAGGAGACGGAGGAGAAAUUGGAAUCAGAGGAGACCCUGGUACAAGUGGACAAGAUAACAACCGCGCAGGACCUAAAGGAGACCCCGGUGAUGCUGGACCUGCGGGAGAGCCUGGUGAGGAUGGAAAGAAAGGAGGCCCCGGUGAACUCGGUAGAGGGGGACCUGAUGGCAGACGAGGCCCACCUGGAAAGGCUGGAAUUCCCGGAAAGCCAGGAUCUGCAGGUGUUCAGGGAGAGCCUGGUAUUGGAGGAUCUAGAGGUCCACCUGGACCAAAACAUUCACCAGGAACCAGAGGAGAAGAUGGAAACCCUGGACCCAGAGGUCCCGGAGGUAGUCCAGGUCCCGCUGGAGAAAAGGGUAGAAGAGCAUCUCUUGGUCGCAAGGGAGAGCCAGGAGAGCCAGGACCUAAGGGUGGUAUUGGACCUCUUGGUCCCCGUGGAGAGUCUGGUGAAGAUGGUAGAGAUGGGUUUGGCGUUGCAGGGCCUAAAGGAAGAAAGGGCGAUGAGGGCUUCCCAGGAUUCCCAGGACAAAAGGGAGCAGCUGGAGACUCUGGCACCAAGGGUGGACCUGGACCCAGAGGAAAUCGAGGACAAAGGGGUUUCUCUGGGAAUAGUGGUACAUCCGGACAGAAGGGAGAGGUUGGAUAUGCUGGACCAUAUGGUCAGAAAGGACCGAGAGGACCAGGUGUUGUGCAAUGUGACCUGGUAAAGAAGAUCAGAGAAAACUGUCCUUGCUGUUAUGGUAAACAGGAAUGCCCGCUCUACCCCACUGAGCUGGCCUUUGCCCUGGAUGCCUCUGAAGGCGUUGGCAAGGCCUUCGACAAUAUGCGUAACACAGUCCUGCGCCUAGUCGAAGACAUCACCAUCUCUGAGAGUAAUUGUCCAAGAGGAGCUCGUGUUGCUUUAACCCUGUACAACAACGAAGUCACCACCGAGAUCCGGUUUGCUGAUGCAAUAAAGAAACGUGCCCUGGUGCAGCGCAUCGAGGGACUGCAGCCCCUGCAAACCCGCAAGCCGCGCAGCUUAGAGACGGCAAUGAGCUUUGUGGCCCAGAACACCUUCAAGAGAGUGCGCAGUGGCUUCCUCAUGAGGAAGGUGGCCAUCUUCUUUGUUGGUGGAACAGUCAAUGAGGUUCAAAAAGUUACUAAUGCAGCUCUUCGUCUCCAUGAUGCUGGAAUUGCCACUCUGUUCUUGGUAAACCGUGAUGAGGGAAAACUGAGAACGGCACUGCAGGUCAACAACACAACACUGGCCCAGGUAAUUUUCCUUCCCAGAAAUGGAAGUGCAGAGUACAAUUCAGUCAUCCAAAAGGUGAUGAAUUGCCAUGUCUGCCUAGACACCUGCUCUCCGGACCAAAUGUGUGACUUUGUUCCCCCAUCAACCAGCCGAGAUAGGAGGUCUUCCACAACAGACGUGGACAUUGACAUGGCUUUCGUCAUGGACAGCUCUGAGUCUACCUACCCAACCGUCUUUACCGAGAUUAAACGUUACAUUGCACACAUAGUGGAGCAUUUACAAGUGUCUUCAAAUCCCACAUCAUCCCUUAACCACGCCAGAGUGUCUGUGAUCCAGCAAGCACCUUACGGGUUCAUCCAAAACAAAACUGGCUCUCCUAUCCAUGUGGAUAUCGGUCUGACCGAGCAGCACUCAGCUCAGGAUAUUGUCAAAUUUCUGCUGGAGAAGACGCCGCAGUUAGAGGGCGGCCGGGCACUGGCAGCAGCAAUCGAAUCGACAGUGGAGCAGGUGUUUGAGAAGGCGCCUCUCCACCGUGACAAGAAAGUGCUUAUGCUCUUUGUGACAGGAAGUGUGGAAGAAGAAGAGGAGCAGCUGGUGCGUAUUGCCACUGAGGUCAAGUGCAGAGGCUACUUCCUGGUCAUCCUGGGUGUGGGUAAGAAGUUGAGUGCCGGAGACGCUCGUGUCUUAUCACGCAUGGCCAGUGAGCCAUCAGAUGUCUUCUUCAAGCGUCUUGACAGCAUCUCACAGUUUUACGACAAACACAUCCAGACCUUUGGCCAGCUGCUGCCAAAGUAUAUCAGCAUUGAAAAUGCUUUCUACAUGUCCCCUGAAAUCUCCAAAAACUGCAAGUGGUUCCAGAGUGACCAGCCACUUAAAAACCCCUUCACGUCAUCGCACCUACAGGAGAAACAUCAGAAACAUCAUGAAAUCCACCAAGCAGUUCAUCAUCAAAGAAAGCACAAAGACUCAGAUGAACUGCACGUCUCUAACGUGACCUCCAGCAGCUUGAAAUUGCGUUGGACCAGCCCAGACCCCAAGCUUUUUGUCUACUUUGAGGUAGUGGUGACACGGUUGCACGACCAUGCCCUGGUGCUGAAGACCAACGUGUCGGGCACAGAGCUUUCCGUCGACAACUUAGAGAGUGCUCAAACAUAUCAUGCUGUGGUCACCGCCCACACUGCAGAAGGUCAAAUUGUCUCCACCCGCAAAGGCAUCAUGACUACCAAGGCAGCAGAGCCUAUGCCAGUGCAUAAGCCAGCCAGCCAAGAUACCAGUGCUGGAAAUACCGCACCACUGGACAAACCAGAAACUGUUAAUGAAUUUGCAGACCCAUGCUCACUUGACUAUGACCCUGGAAUGCCGUGCAAAAACUAUCAGGCUAAGUGGUUCUUUGACAGAAAGAACGGGAUCUGUACACAGUUCUGGUAUGGAGGUUGUGGAGGCAGUGCAAAUAGGUUCGACACUGAGGCCCUCUGCUUGAAAAACUGCAUGAGGUCAGUGCCAGAGCCUGAGCCUGAGCCAAAGGUGCAGCAGGUUGAACAGGUGGAACAGGUGGAGAUCCUCCCGACUCCUGCGGCCUCUACAGCCAAGGACAUUUGCCAGCUUCCCAAAGAGGAAGGUACUUGUGCCAAAUUUGUCCUCAAGUGGCACUUCGAUGCCCCCAGCAAGAGCUGCACACGCUUCUGGUAUGGAGGCUGCGGUGGAAACCAGAAUCGCUUUGACACGCAUCAGCAGUGUGUGGAGGCUUGUGGAAAACCAGCACCCCUCAACCAAGGAGUCAUCGCUGCAAUAAGAACAUAGGACAAAACAUGGCCAGCUUUCACCUCUGUUUAGGGGAUUCUGAGGAGAACCAUCCAAAAUGGCCAUACUGUAAGGAUGUAAUACCAAAGCAAUGGUGGCUGCACUGGAUUCCACAAACAUGGACUUUAUCCCCAAAAUUCUUGAAGUAUUCUUUUUUACAACAAGAAGGAAGGCAACACGAUUUGCUGCAUGAUUUGUUUUAACUUACUGGUGCUACAUAGUAUGUUUGUUUUACCGAUGGAGAUGUUAGGUGCAUUCAGUUUUGUAAAGUCACAUUUUCUGGAACAAUGUCAUCAUAUGAGUCUUCAUAUUUUUUAAAAUGCAGUUUUAUGAUUAAGCAAGAAACAUAUAUGAAUAUCUUGGACAGAGAUUAGCAAUAAAUCAGUACAUGCAGGACUGGCAUUAUUCAAUCCAGUAAUCUUUUUUUUUAUAUAUUGUAUUUUUUACAUUCCACAUUCACAUUGGCUUUUAUUGAUUUAUAUUGUUUUAAAACUCACUUGAUCCCUGUGGAAUCAUUAUUCACUAUUUUACAAUCACAGAAUCCACAGCAAUGUUUACACAAGUCUUGUAUGGUGGUUUGUGUAUUUACGUAAAUGACAGUGACUAACAUUAAUGUAAUGUUAAGUGCACUUCUGGAUCCACUGCCUCAAACACACAAAGUUCCAGCUGUUGAGAAAUGCAAUGUACUUGUCAAGCUGUUUUUUAUUUUUGUUUCAUUUGGUUUUACUGAAAUUUGUGUUUCAUCUGGGUAUCGGAGAAAUAAACACGAAUUAGACUUUCUAAUAAACAUGAGCAACUCA